GGACAUUAUUUGCCAGUCACUUCAUGGUGCCAUCAGUGGACAGAAUGAAAUCCUGCAGCUUUUUACUAUCGAUCGCAGUGAUCGUUGCUGCGACUGUUCUUUUCCCAGAUGAGGUGGAAUCGGCAAAAAUUUUGUGCUUCUUUCCAUCGCCAAGCAAAUCGCACGUCUUGGGACCCCAGAGGUUGCUCAAGAACCUAGCCAAUCGAGGUCAUGAGGUCACUAUGGUUAGUGAGUUUCCAUUGACGAAACCAGUGAAAAACUAUCGAGACAUUUACGUACAAGCUGAGAAUGAAUUCGCAGCUAUUAUGGCAGAAGUAAUGCAGGGUGGCAAUCAAAGUAUGAUCACCAUGAUACCCACAGCAAUCAAAGCUUCCCUUGAGUAUACCAAUAAGAGUUUGAAUUCGCCCCAGUUUCAGCAGUUGAUAAGGGAGGAGCGAUUCGACCUCGUCAUUCUGGGCUUCUUCAUGAACGAUUUUAUCGUUGGUGUGGGGCCACUGUUGAAGUGUCCCACGAUUCUUUACUACUCCGCUGGACUUAGCGAGCUUGUAAACGUGGUUGGAAAUCCACGGGAAAUUGCUUCCGUGCCACAAGCACAUCUUGGAAGAAAAAGUUCGAUGACUUUUUUCGAUCGGCUGAUGAAUGUUGUUUUAAAUUUGAUGGAAACAUUAUUUCACACGUACAUUCAGUACCAAUCGAGGAUAUACUAUCGUAACAAUUUUCCAUCGGAGAAAGGUUUCCCGUCCUAUGAAGAAGCCAAACUGAACGUGUCACUGCUGAUGUACAAUUCCCACUUCACCCAAACUUCUCCUCGACCUUUGCUACCGAAUGCAAUCGAAGUUGGAGGUCUGCAAAUAAAACCUGAACCCGAUCCACUGCCGGAGGAAAUCCAAGCAUGGUUGGAUGGCGCGGAAGAGCAUGGAGCGAUUUUCUUGAGUUUCGGUUCGAAUCUGAAAAGCUCAACGCUUCAGCAGGAAAAACUUGAGGCAAUCAUUGGCACUCUCGGUAAGCUGAAGCAACGCGUGAUUUGGAAGUGGGACACGGAUCGGAUGCCUGGUAAGCCAGCGAAUGUGCUGGUUGGUAAAUGGCUGCCGCAGGAUGACAUCUUGGCGCAUACAAAUCUGAAACUUUUUAUCACCCACGGCGGCCAGGGUAGCGUAACGGAGGCGAUGUACCACGGGGUACCGAUCGUAGGAAUUCCCAUUAUGGCCGAUCAGGACACCAACGCGGCACAAGUGGUUCGCGACGGCUGGGGUGAAGUGGUUCCGUUUGACGAACUGACCGAAGCGAAACUGACGGCUGCCGUUCAGCGGGUGCUGAGCGAUGGAAAGUACUCCGAGAGGGUGAAACAAAUCGCCACUUUGUUCAGGGAUCGACCGCACAGUGCGUUAGAUUUGGCCACCUACUGGGUGGAGUAUGUGGUGCGCCACAAGGGUGCGAAACAUUUACACUACCUGGGGGCGGACUUGAAUUUUAUGCAACGCAGUUUGAUCGACGUUGCAGCGUUUGUGGCAGUUGCGUUGUACGUGAUUUACAAGCUGUCGCGCUUUACUUUGGGCAAAAUCAAAAAAGUUGUCUGCGGUAGGAUACGAAGGGAAAAUAAAUUGAAAUUUAAUUAAUGAUUUAUCAAUGAAAA